AUGUAUGUCUUAACCGGUUUCGGCAUUACGGGAGGAGCACAUCGUUUGUGGACGCACAAGGCUUACAAGGCUACGUUGCCUCUAAAACUCUUCCUUCUCUUCUGCUACUCUAGUGCGGGUCAGAAUUCACUUUACCAAUGGGUGCGCGACCACAGAGUUCAUCACAAAUAUAGUGACACGGAGGCUGAUCCCCACAACGCCAACCGAGGAUUGUUCUUCUCGCACAUAGGUUGGCUGAUGAUGAGAAAAAAUUCCCAAGUCCUACUGCGAGGCAGCCAAAUGGACAUGAGCGAUAUUGAAGCCGACCCCUUACUUAGAUUUUACAACAAGUAUUUCAACUACUUCAAACUUAUGUUCUGCUACGUUCUGCCGACGAUGGCAGGCGUAUGGUUGUGGGGAGAGGACUGGCGCUGUGCUGUGGCCUGGCAGUGCUUCCUACGCUUCCUUAGUAUGUUUCACAGUGAACUCACUGUUAACAGCUUAGCGCACGCUUAUGGAUACAGACCAUAUAACAAGACCAUAAUCCCGAGGGAAAAUCGUUUCGUAGCGACAUGCACGCUUGGUGAGGGCUGGCACAAUUAUCACCACGCGUUCCCAUUCGACUACAAAGCAGCCGAGCACUUUGACGCAUUUAAUAUUUGCACCACGUUGAUAAACGCUUUCAAGAGUAUAGGCUGGGCGUACGAUCUGCGUGAAGCGACGCCCGAAAUGAUUAACGGAAUUGCAAGAAGACUCGGCGAUGGGACCCCAGUCCAUUUCCCUCUAUAUCACCAAUCGGUCUAC